AUGUCCGACGCCUCCAAGCAGGACCACCACCUCCACCACCACCCCCACCACCGCCCGUUCGCCGCCUCCGCCUUCGGCCUGCGUCAUAUGGAGGCGUACGGCGCCCUGCCCGCCCACAUCCUCAACCACCUGCAGCCGCAGUUCCUCCAUCCCGGCCUCACGCUCGGCUCGGGCGGUGCCUUCCGCCCACUGGCCUCCGCCUUCGCUCCGCCCAAAGGCCUCAAGGUCGAGGCUGGGGCGGAGGGGUUGGGCGUGUUCGGUUCGGGGCGGGCGGAGGGACUGGGCGUGGGCGUGUUCAGCCCGGGAAGGGCGGAUUCUUGUAGUCCGGCGAGCGCGUCGUUGUCGCCGCCGGCGCAGCAGGGCGUGAAGGAGGAGAGUUUGGACGCGAGCAUGGAGGAAGAGGGGGAAGGGCAGUCAGGGCGGGGUGGAGGGGAGUCGCCGGGGAGCCAGCACGAGGAGGGCAGGGGGUUCAGAAGGAGGCGGGCGCGAUUUGGUAUUCAAACGGUGUCCUUAGUUGUUGGCGGUGGUAUAGCGGUGGCGGCGGCAGCAUUGGCGGCGACACGCGGCGCACACGAAAAUUCGCAGCAACACGUACUCACUAAUUGCAAGCUGAUGAGGACAAUUUCCUACACCGAUGAGGCCGUUCGACAAAGAACGGUAGUGGGAAAACGGCGGCUUUUCGAAAACAAUCCGAACAUAAAUAAGUUGUCUACAGGUUUUCAGUCGCGGGAAUGCCAGAAACACGUUGCUGCUUGUGUUAGUACAAUUGGAUCUCUGUUCGGAGGUGGUUUCAAUAGCAAUGGGACCUACACUUUUUCUAUGCCAGGAUUGCCACCUGCAGCUCAUGCGCUGGCUAAGUCAUCUUUUCUCUUCGAUCAUGGUUGCAGGUCGGCAUCCUGCCGCGAAACAAAAAUAACAGUCGAACGUGUUGUUCGGGGCUCAGGUGCGAGUUCGAUCGCGGUAGGCGUGGUUUGCGGCGGCCCCGCCAAGGGAUCGGCUACACGCCUUCAAAGGCCUUUUCCCCCUCCCCCCGUGCCGCGGCGCUUAAAAACUAGUCACGAUAUUUUCAAAAGAUCGACUACUUAUGAUAACACUGCUGGCUGA